CUCUGGCGUUCGGGGAUUGUGUUUCUGGAGUGAUAUGUCCGGUUUUUGGGACGUUCCAAAACCGUGAAGUUGUUCCAUAGGAUCCCAUACUUCGCAACCGUUGUUUAUUGUUGUACUACGCGGCGGAACCUUCACCAUCUGCGCAAUGAAGUUGAAAGCAUUUGUGCAAUCCAUCAGAGAGACAGCUAAGAAGGUGAAGUCGUACCAGCUGAUCUGUGGUAAUCAAUCGGGCGACUUGGACUCUGUGAUCUCAUCCAUCUCCUACGCCUUGUUCGCUGACAUCCAUGAUCCGUUGAACCAUCACAUUCCCGUUUUGAACUUCUACAAGAGCGAUAUCUCAUCUCGCAAGGAUCUUCUACUGGUGCUGUCACAGUUUGAGAUACACAGGGAUUCGCUUUUGUAUCUGGAUGACCUGCCUUCAAUAUCCAGCGGGGUUCAGGGUUUGGUGCUCGUGGACCAUAACAAACCGACAAGCAACUUCAACGAAUUCCAGAUCACUGGCAUCAUAGAUCACCAUGAGGAUGAGCAUCUAGCACCAGACGCCAAUCCAAGAAUCAUCCAGAGAUGUGGAAGCUGCUCAACGUUGGUUGCACAAUACUGGACCUCACAAGGUGUACUUCUGACCAAUGAGCUUGUGAAGUUCCUAUUGGCGCCAUUGAUAAUUGACACCUCGUGCCUGAAGCACAGAGCUGAGGAGCCCGACUUUGUCAUGUUCAAAGAGUAUCAGAAGUUCAUUGAUCCCCUGGAGAUCAACUCUUGGUUCGAAGAGCUCCAAUCGGCAAAAUUUGACAUCACCGGGUUGUCAAUGCACCAAAUCUUUGCAAAGGACUACAAACUGUUUGAAUUCGGUGUAGGCACCGAUAAUGUGUUGAAACUCGUUGGUAUAAGCUCUAUAGUGAAGCCUUACAAAUGGUUAGUUGAGAACUACAGCGAUUUCAAGGACCAAAUGGACGCUUAUCUGAAGCAGCAAGGACUCGAUAUCUUUGUCUUUAUGACUUCAUUUGAGAAGGAUGGUGAGUUCAACAGGGAACUGGGCUAUGUCACCAAAGACGAAGCCAGCAACACGCUGAUGAGGCUUGCACUGGAUCAAAACCUCAGAGCGGAAUUGGAGCUUGACCCUAUUGACAACACACACAACGUUUAUAGGCAAUUGAACGUCGCAGCUAGCAGAAAACAAGUCGCUCCGGCUAUAAAGAGAGCUCUGGAAAGACUAUAGCUGGGACAAUACUCUUCUCUGUUGUUGGUUCGUUCAUUCAGCUGUAUAAUUGUACUUUCGAGCUUGUAGUUUUGACUCCGGCCAGCUACCCCGGAUUUUGCUCUUUUCCGCACUUCCUGAGCUCCAAGUCUGACUCCGGGCGCAGCCCAUAUUAUCGAACCCGGAGUCAACGCAUAGUGGCAUAAUUCAGCUUUUUAAAUGAACUCUGC